ACCUACCUGUGCAUUUACUAACGAACAUGUUGAGCCUGGACACUUUAGAGAGACAGAUAUCUGCUGUAGUGGACACUCUGGUGGCCGUGGCGGUGUCGGAGCUCCGCAGACUUCUGAACGAGUGCUCAGCUAACGUUGUGUCCGCUCAGAGCUGCACGACUCCGGCUGUGAAGACAGAGGAAGAGUGCGUAGUGGCUCCACCGGAGGAGAGACAGCAGUUUAACAGAGCUGUUACGAGCCAGUUUGCAGCCCUCCUGGAGACAUGGACCAAAGGUGCGGUUAAAAAAAUAUCAAUGAUUCUCAAAGUGUCCACAUGUGAAGCUGAAGGUAGUCCUGCAGCAGAACAGAGGGCCGGGCUGGUGGACAAGAAGAAGCAGUGUAGCGUGACACAAAAAGAAGGCAGAGUGUCUGUGCGCAAAAAUCAAGUGGUGGUGAGAAGUUCUCGUCGGAAGAUAGAGAACAACAGAAAAGAGAACGACCAUCUACAUAGCCAAGCACAGAAGCAGACUGGAGAACCAACAGUAGCAGCAGCUGAUGCAGAGUCAGUGACUAAACCUGCUGGCAUAGCUACACAUGAGGAGAGUGUUUCUGUAUCACCAUCUGAACCUGACAAACGUAACUCUGAGGCCACGACAACAGAGCCGGCCUCCAAUGCCAACAAGGAAGACGUCGUCCAAGAGGACACAGACUCCACUUCAACCAGCACAUCUAAAAUGAAACAGAUGUUCAAAUGUCCUUCUUGUGUCAAAACAUUUGCUCUGAAGUGUCUGAUGGAAAGGCACUACCUGACUCACACCAAACCUCACCUCUGCUCCGAGUGCGGCAAGCGUUUCGCCGGACUGCACGGGCUCAACGCACACUCGAGGCGUCACACCGGUGAAAAGAUUUACAAGUGUUCGGACUGUGGGACAAAGUUUGCUUACAAGUCCACUUUCAACAGACACAUGCGCCAGCACAGCCUCAAGCGAUCUACCACCCACACGUGCACGCUGUGUGAGAAUCAGUUCGCCGGGGUGUUGGCGCUCCAGCGUCACAGGUGUUGCGCCCUGGAGAAGACGUUUGUCUGCUCGCUCUGCCCAGAGACCUUCAACUGCAGACGGAGUUUGGCAGAUCACGAGAAUCUACAUCCGGGAGACAGAGAUUUCAUCUGCGAAAUGUGCGGCGAGAGUUUCCUCUCGUCUUCGUCCUUGACCACUCACCGGGUGACUCAUAUGCAAAAGGAGAACUACUGCCAUGUGCACGGCCUUAAUUGUGGCGGCGUCCUCAAAGAACACCUGAGCAAACACUCUGGAGAAAAGCUUUUCACGUGCGAGGUAUGCGGCAAAGGCUGCAGUCACCGGAGUGCCCUGAAGCACCACAUGCUUACCCACACGGGGGAGAGGCCGUACGUCUGCGAGACCUGUGGCAAACGCUGCGGACACGCGAGCGCGCUCCAGAACCACAUGAGGAUCCACACUGGGAAGAAAGCGGGGCAGCAGCCGGUGUGCGAUACGUGCGGCAAGAAAUUCCGCUGCAUGGUCAACCUCAAAUACCACAUGAGCGUCCACACGGGGGAGAAGCCGUACGCCUGUGAGCAGUGCGGUAAGAAGUUCAGCAACCCCAGCAAUCUCAAGGUCCACGCACUGAUUCAUUCGGGGAAAAAGAUGUACGUCUGCAACAUCUGUGGAAGGAGGUUCUCUCAAUCCAGCAGCCUCAAAGUGCACAGAGGGAUCCACACGGGAGAAAAGCCGUAUCACUGCGUGGUCUGCGGGAAAGCCUUCCUACACAGUGGCGACUUCAAGAAGCAUCAGAGGGUUCACCUGCCACAGGAGACAGGUGGACAGUCUGAAAAAACUGCAGUGAAAAUCUAAAACGUCAUAGAUUGUUGUGUCUAUAUGUACAUACACUGGAGACUGGAUUGGCAGCGCUGCAAUAAAUACUGUGAGGCAAUAGAAGUUUGUCGUUGUGGUUGUGUUCCCCUAUCGCAAUC